AUGCCAGCAAUUCCCUUUUUUGCCUCCUUCCUAGAGCAUGCCUUUGUGAAUCGAGCUGUUGUAUCGUCCCCUAACGUGACAGAGGCUGCAAGUUCCUCAAAUCUUGAAGUGGUUUGCGCCUGGCCGGUUUCCGGUCAAUAUGGUCCGGGGACCCGAGUCUUAUAUUAUGUCUUGAUUGCAGCUUGUGUGGUCGCUCGCAAAGUAGAAUGGAUUCGGAACGCUUGUCUGGCCGCUGUGUUACUUUUCCCCGCUGUCGCGGCUCUUCACGGGAUUGUGCUCGCUGUGCUUCACGUUGAUGGCGCUGUCGAUAUGGAUGUCUAUGGAGCAUUCCAGCUGUGUGCUAUCGGCAUCUUAGCCGCCCCAGCAACCGUCAGGCUCUCACAAACCUACUUCAACAACCCCGGGCGGAAUAUUAUCUUUCUGUGGACAUUACUUCUACUAGCUGGGUUAGUAAGCCUGAUUGUGGAGUUUAUGCGCCUCAGCCCUACCAUUUGCCCCGGUGACGACCCGGCAAGCAUUUUCUGGGCCUCAACGGGGGGCGCAAAAGAGGGCCUGUUUCAAUAUGGCUCCAACUGUAGCAUGGCCUGUACCCCGGGGAAUGGGCCCGUCUCACCGUUGCGACUUGACGCAGCCAACAACGUCUAUGUGAUUCCAGUGCCUCAUGAGCUGUCGUUCAAUACUACCACGCUCAUUGCGGCUGCAUGCUGUAUUCCUGCUAUCUUGUCAUUGAUGUUCAUGUGGAUCAAGGUUUUGGACGAUAACUGGGAGAAGUUCGCAAAAGGAAAGCCUAAGCAGAAACCAGACGAACUUAUUCAGGGAACUAACGGAGCUACCAUCAACCACAUGACUAGGAUUGCCAAUAAGAUCAGCAAAUGGUUAGCUCUCAUUGAGAUCCCGGUAUUUGCUGCAGCAGUGUUGGCAAUUCUCGUCAAGGGUGAAAUGAAUUUCUGGAGCACGCCAAUGAGGUAUCAAACAGAGCCCAUACAAAGUAUUGGUAAGCAACAGGUGUCCCUUGUCUCAUGCUGGCUAUUGAAUAACGCACAUUUCACCAAGUCAUUAACCGAUCGAUCCUCAGGUCAAUGGGCGCCAAUCGUUGGUACGGCACUUGCCGUGUUGGGAUCACUGUAUAUGCUUCUCUCUGAGGAUAUGGAAGCCGCUGGAAAAGAAGAUGGGCAUCAAGAAGUAAAUCUUGCGGGAAACGAUCUAAGUGACGAGUGUGCUGUCUUAGAUACCGGCAGCAGUGUUCGGCGAGACCCUAGAACAAGUGCUGAGAGACCGAAUCCCGAUCUGGAAAUGACACCCGUCCACUACCCUACUACCAACCAAAACAUUACCACCCAGCCCGAUCUAGGAAGACGAAAGGUUGCCCGCUUCUUUAAUGCAGCAAGUGCCUUAAUGACCACCAAAGCCCAUAACCAAAUCGUGAAAACGGGAUUUAAACCCGAGGCGAAAACAACUUACCCAGAGACCCCAGGAGAGAGAUACAAAAACUCAGAUCUCCAAAAACAAAUCGACAAGUACAAAAGGUCAUCUAAACCCGAUACCCGAUCACGAAUUGGAAGCAGCAGUGGCUUCGUGGACAAUGGUGAAGGCAGCUCAAGGAGACCACGGAGUCCAACGCGGCAUUCAGUGCCUGCCCCAGCUGUUUCACGGCCAAAGUCCCGUCAAAUUCACUCGAAUUCGCUUCCAAGCAGAGGAUUAGGAUUCUUUGAAGAAUCAACCUUGAAGUGUCCUCCUGCGUCCGCGUCUGCGGGGUGGCAACAACAGUUGAACCCGUUCGAUUCAACGCCAAUCUUACGAAGUAGAGCACCAUCUAUUUCCGAGACCAGCCCCAAAGCUUCAUCGCCCGGGCUUCAGAUUCCGUCGGAGAUAGUGGUCUCCGCCCAUGAACGUAAAUGA